UAUGCACAUUAUGCUCGCAACAAAACUCGUGAGUCAGUACGUGCUAGGAAAACAAGUUAAGAGGUUCUCUUGAGAUAAGAAGAAGACUGGUUGAGUGAAUUUGUGAGUGGAGAAAAUAAAGAAGAAAAUGUCCAGUGCUUUCUUUCAUAACACAAGCAAAUAGCUCAAAGAAUCAACAUUCUUCUUCAUCCCUUCCUUCCAAUUUCCAGUUCUCCCACCUGAAAACUGCGCCCUUCCUCCCAAUUUGAAGAACAAAUCAGAAGAUUCAGAGCCAAACUCAAACUUUUUCAGAAAUCGAAUUCAAAGUCACUCGCUUUCAGACUGCAGCAUGGUCUGUAUGCAUUGAUUUUUCAAAGAGUAUUAGAGGCAAGUUUGAGUGUUGAAAAUAUGAGUGCAAAAGUUGACACAACCAAUGUUGAGGCACAACGUGCUGCUGCAGCUUCUCCAUCUACAUCAUCUGCCACCGGCACAAAAACAUCAAUGUUCAAGGGGAAAGCUGGUUUUGUUAUACCCAAAAACAAGUUUUCAGGUUCACUAGUUCCCAUUUUCAAAGGUGCUAAAAAAACUGAGAGCAAUGAUGCCGCUAUAGAUGAAACUAACAGACAACUGCAUAGGAAAACUAAGUGGAGCCCUGAUCUUACCCAGGAUACUUCUGUUAGGAGGGGAAGAGCUUUAGCGUAUCAGACUCGAGUGGAUCAAAUCACGCAGCUGCUGAAAUCAGGAUCAUUAGGAAGUGAGAGUCAAGAUUCAAAGUCAGCAAGAGAUGCUCCAGACGGUGAGCUACCUACUAUGCAGAUUGAGUUCAAGAAGCUGCAAAGUUUAGAACUUGAGAGACGAGAAGCUAUAGGGGAAAUACUGAAGCUGAAUCCAAAUUACAAGGCACCAUCUGAUUAUCAGCCUGUAGUGAGGGAAGCUACAGUUCCUAUACCUGUAAAAGCACAUCCUGAUUACAAUUUUCUUGGCCUAGUAUAUGGCACUGAUGGUGAAAUUCAGAAAAGAUUGGAAAAGGAAACUGGAACCAAAAUACAAGUUUGUGGCACAAAGCCAGAGACCAAGGAAACGGUUGAAAUUACUGCAUCUGAUGGGAGUGAUCUUAUAACAUCUUGUGAGGAGGUAUAUAUUCGUAUAACUUCGGACACUUAUGAGAAAGCUGAUGCUGCAGCUUCCUUGAUUGAGUUGCUACUUAGCACAGUACCAGUAAAAUCUACUGCCUCUACAACUACAGACUCUGUAACGGGAGAUAAAGAUAAUGGGGGUCAGGACAUACUUACUACUCAUGGUAUCAGUGCAGCUGUGGCAAACCAAGAACUGCAAUCAGGUGCAGGAUCUAUACCAACUUCUUCACAAGGCCCUUUUCAGCCAUACCCAAGUUCAUGGUUGCCAGCAGGUCAAUAUAGCUCACCUUCUGGACUUGCACCUGUUCCCAAUUCUAUGGCUUUCCAGUUCAAUCCCUCACUUCCACGUCCAUUAUUUGGACCUGGACAUCCUGCUCCAUAUGGAUUUGGUUCAUCUCACCAGAGUUCCGCAGUUCCGUCCCCUAGGUUACAUACAUCAACACAAAUUAUGCCGGGCACAUAUAUGCCUCCUGCUUAUUCUGUUGGCCAAACUGGUCCUCCAAGGAAUCUUUCUGCUUCUGCAUCUCCAUUUUCAACUUCCUCUCCUUUAGUAGGUCAUCAGCCAACUUUAGCAGGUUCUUCCAGGCACCUGCCUCCUCAACUAGCUGAGGGAGGCAUGACUCCUCCAUCGACCUCCUCUGGAUGGGCAAUGCCUCCUGCUUCUGCUCCACAAUCUCUUCUUUCUGGUAGCUUUCCUACAAUGGGUUCACAAAUGCGGUCUUCCUCACCCAUGCCUUCUCAGGGCGUUGCACUAUCACCACAAACACAACUAUUUCAUCCAUCCUCAAAUAAUGCAUUAAGACCAAUGCAAAAUUCUCUACCUUCAUCCUCUGCACCUCAUGCACCAAGUUUUACCCCCCUAAAACAUAUGGGUCAAACAGCUCCAGGGCUAACACUUCCGGGUUCCAGUGGGUUCACUUUCCAACCUCAACGACCACACGUGGCACCAUCGCAGUCUCUCCCUGGACCAGGCUUGCAAUUUUCAUCUCAAAGACCUACAUCAGCACCAUUGCCUCCUGCACCACAAGGGCCAUCAUUCCGUCCAGCAUUGCAAAAUGCGAUGCAGCACCCUGUCAGACAAAACUUCCCAGGUCCACCAUUUGGUAAUCAGAUGGGCCCACGUCCUGGCCACUUUGGGCCUCCAAACCCAAAUCAACACAUGGGUCCUAGACACCUUGGUCCAGUUCCUCAGGCUCCAAAUGCCGGUGGUCCUUAUCCUCCUAGAGUAGGGCAUCCAGCUCAAUAUCAGCAAAGUUAUCCUGCCCCUUCCUUGAGUCGGCCUGGAGGCAAUUUUCCUGCAAAUAUGCGCCCCAGCCCAUCUGGCAGACCACAAGUUUAUGAUCCUUUUUCUCCUACUUCUAUCUCUGCUCCUCGGCCUCAGGGAAAUAACAAUGGGGUUGCCAGGAAGCAGGACUCAGAUCCUGAAUACGAGGACCUGAUGGCAUCUGUUGGGGUCAAAUAACCACAAAAUUUGCACCUACAAGUUCCUCGUUAUGCUGCAUGGAGUGCUUAGAGCUGGAACAAAUAAGAUGGCUCAUGUAGGAUUCUAGAUCUGCUUCUUUCUUUCUUUUAGGCACACUUCAUCUAUAAAUGGAGAACUUGUUUAGCGUCUUGAUUACAAUUGCUUAAUUUUCUUGAGAUAUGAUUGUGAUAAAUCUACUUGAUGUAAUACCAGAACAGUUGGCUGACAGGAAUUACUUUAGGCAUUUUGGCAGGGUUAUCUGAUCUUUUCCCCCUUUGUUUAUCUAUUUGAAAACAGAGUGUUUCAUUUCUUUAAA